CACACACGCGCCGCUCAGCACACACGCGCCGCUCAGCACACACGCGCCGCUCAGCACUCACGCGCCGCUCAGCACACACGCGCCGCUCAGCACUCACGCGCCGCUCAGCACACACGCGCCGCUCAGCACUCACGCGCCGCUCAGCACACACGCGCCGCUCAGCACACACGCGCCGCGCGGGGCCGUCAAACAGCGAGCGGCGCUCCGUCACUGCCCCCCCCCCUCCUGACGCCCUCGCUGCUGACACUGCCGCUGUUGUCGGUCAGCAGCAGCAGCAGUGAGAGCCAGCGGCGGCGGCGACGGCUGCAGGAGACUUCGCAGCAGCAGCAGCAGCGAGGCGCUCCCGUCCAAGAAUGCAGGCCCACGUGUGCAUCGCUGUGCUGCUGCUGGAGCUGUCCGCUGUGGUGCAUUGUGGGAAACUCGCAGCAGACGGAGAGGUCCCCGCGGAGGCCCCGGGCGGGGUGAGCGGGGGGGUCGUGGCGGCCGGGUGUGGGCCCUGGCAGUGGGGGCCGUGCGUGCCCACGGCGGGUGACUGCGGCCCGGGGAGCCGCGAGAGCACCCGGGGGGGCCCGGGGGGGCCCUGCCCCCUCGAGACGCAGCGCUUCCGCUGCAAGUUCCCCUGCAACUGGAAGAAGGAGUUUGGAGCCGACUGCAAGUACCACUUCGAGUCGUGGGGGGAGUGCGAGCGAGAGGCGCGCGUCAAGUGGCGCACCGGGACCCUGAAGCGCGCCCUGCACGGCGCCGCGUGCGCCACCAGCGUGCGAGCGCGCAAGCCGUGCUCGCCGCAGCGCCCCGCGGGCACGCGAGGCCCCAAAAUCCGCAAGCAAAAGGGGGGCAAGCGGGGCCGGGGGGGUCCCGCUGAGCGUCGCCGCGAGGGCCCAGGCGGUGACGGGGACACGAUGACCACCACCACCACCACCACGACCACGCGGGAGACCGGGACCCGCUGAGGCCCGCCGGGUGGCGGGGGAGGGGGCCCAGGUCGGAGCCUCGGCUUGGGGGGGCGGGGGUCAGCGUAGGUCGUGAGAUGUAGGGGGGGGGUCGUCUAGGCCAGCAGGGGACUUGGGGGUGGUGGGGGGUGGAUGGAUGAGUGAUCCACCACCACCACCCCCCCAUAAACCCUCACGUUUUAUUAAUAAUUGAAUGCUUCGCUGACAGAGUAACAACUAAUUAUAGCAAUGGCUAAACACGACAGCGAGGACACUGUGAGAUGGGGACGGCACUGCGGCAGAGUCAACUGCACGCCUUCGUGUCUCUUCAUCACUCAUCGUUCGCUUCCAUCGCGAUUUGCAAAAAACAACUUUGACGCCUGUUCAAUCGUGUUGUGCAACAAUUAGCUGCCCUUCAGAGAAUUCUGUUUUUUUAUUGUAAUUCAUACCACAUUACAUUUGGCCCGAUCACUGACAUUAAAGCUAAAGAUUAGGGUUAAGGCCAUUUCAAUAUAUAUAUAAAAACAUUGGAAUAAUUUCCAAGAAAGAAGUAGCGGCUGUCAUUCUCUUUAACGAAGAACGGGGGGCCCAAAGCACGAGGAAUCAGUUCGUGGCAUUUUGGCGGAAUGAUAUUUUGUGUUAGAACGAUAGACAUGCCAGUUCUCGUUGUUCAAUACGGAGUGACUAUUUCCACGAGGUGCAGACUGCUGUGUGCAGGGCUGGAUCGGUCACAAUUCACGACUUGCAAUUCCAGACGUCAGCGCUCGUGGCUGUGACCACUCACAACAAGUUUUGAUUGGGCUUAACGAUGAUGCCAUCUCCUGGUCCAGGGUUCAUUGCUGCAGUGGGCGGUGGUGGUGCCACUGACACACACUUACGCACACACAUCACACACACGCACACACGCAUGUGUGUGUGUGUGGGUUUUGGAUGGUGUAGCGGUUCGUGCGCUGCGCUACGAAACCCGGGGUCCCGAGUUCGAUUCCCCUUCAUGGCUUCCCCUAGGUCGACUCAGCCUCAAAUGAAUACCUGGUGCGUAUGUAAACGUCGCCACUGGGGAGACGAAGGCGGCCGGGCGUGGUGCUGGCCACCCACCCCCUCGUGUGCCGUUCCAGCCUUCAUAGGUGCUCGCUCACAGCACUUGCCCCAACAGUCUGUUGAAGCUAUACGGGGGGGGGGGCUCCCUUUGUCUUGGGAUGGCUCACAACCUUGAACCUUGGUCAGUCUGCGUGUGAGGCUUGCAUCGUGACGUCACUCCACUCGCCCCUCGUCCCGAGCUUGCGAUUGGCUGCCGGGUUUAGCUCGCAGAAUGGCCCCGUACCAAAAGUGCUGCGGGCGAAUUGGCGUGAAGCAUUGGUGGUGAAUUGCGAUGUCGGUUCGGUGCAAGACAAAUCAAUGUCAUCACGAUCCAAUCCCGCCAAGCGUGCGUCCUGCCCUGCGCCGUCUCAAUCAGCAGCGUAGGCAGCGUUCCCUUUGCCACGCAUCGAACGAAUUCGCGACAACUCAGAGGGUCCGCAUUGCUUAAAACAUCAAACGCAUCGCCGACGCUGCGAUCCACACACAGCGGCAGCCACCGCCUCGGAUUGGUUGACAUUCGACUGUGACGCCAUCGAAACAAACCGUUGCUCCCCAACCCCCUUCCGCCCCAUGCCACGUGACCUGGGAGACGGGGCCCAGGUCUGUCGCCCUGCAGGGGCCACGCGCUGACCGGCACCGCGCGCGAUGGGCUCUGAAGUCUCGUGGCCCCUCGACUGCCUCUUUGUUUGUUUGAGCGCGCGGUGUAAACCUGGCAAGUGUUGCUUGGGUCGCGGAACGUGGUGUCGUGGCCAUCUCGUCAAGUCUCGUGUGCGUUCGUGUCGUGCUUUUAGGGUUAUUUUAGGGUUGUUUACGCAUAAUGUAGCAUAAUAACGUCACGAUAUACUCGAUGUAACACUACGUGUGUGAAUAUUAACACGGCUUGCCGGGGCCGCGUGCUGCCGUGCUGCGUAGCACAAGUUUGUGACAUCGUGUGCCGCCUCCCGGCUCGCGCGCUGACGCGUCCCGUGAUUGUGCUUGUGACGCCGCCUGACCCACAUCGUGUUGUCUUCCUGUUACCGCCCUCAAAACCCCAACAACCUCUCCUCAAUUAACCGCCCAUUCUCCUCCAAAGCAGCAGCAGCAGCAGGGUCUCCAUUCGACUGUGUGUGUGUGUGCGUUGAACUUUUUCCUCGCACCGUACGUAGCCAACCGCGCUAAUCGGAGGUGUCGGGGGAAGGACAACAAACUCAACACAAAAAGCAGUUCUAGAGAAAUGAGUUUUCAAUCAUUGGCAAGAGGGGUGCCACGGAGGCUAAGAGAUGUUAACUACUUCGCCUGGUAUACGGGAGGUCGUAGGUUCGAUCCCGACCCAGGCGAUGCCUGCUGUAUAUUUGGAGCUUGCGUUCUUCUCUCCUCGUGGAAUUUUCUCCAGGUCCUCCGGUUUUCCUCUUCACAUUUAGAAUCAAUAUCACGCGUUCAGAGUAUUUGGCUGCUAUAAAUUUACACGUGAUAAGCUCACUUCGUUGAGCUAUAAUUUGUGAUGGACAGGUCGCUUCUGAAGAAGAGCUUAGUGGGCCUUACCUGGUGAAAUUAAAAUAUAUUUUUAGUUUUUUCACGAGAGACGGCGACCUGAUUCACUGUCGUCGUCCGCGUGGAAAUCCCGCGACGAUUCGCAACAGGACAGCUUACCGGGGAUGGAAUGGAAAGUUUGCCAAGUGCUUUCACAUUUACAGCAUAAUAUUACGUGCAUUCAUAUAGAACCGCGUAAUAGAUACCACCCACCCCAAUAAACGUCACAAAUGCACAAAACUAACACUGGAACACAAAACUAAAAGACGACGUCAAAUAUCGCCCCCACCUCCCCAAGUGGUGAACACGGGGUCGCCGCUGACGCCGCAGAGGCCAGGGGUCAGGGGUCGUGUGAGCGCGUGGCGUGCGUGGAGGAAGGGGUCGCUAAGUCUCACCAUGAGCUCGCAAUCGAUGCCCUCAAUCAAUUGCCAUUGGGUCCAAUUUCACAAAUUCGCAAAUCACCACUCGGGUUUCAUGUUGAAAUGGCAGUGUGGGGGUGGGAAGGGAUGGUGGGUGUGGGGUGUCCUGAUGUCAUGGCAGGAUCGUCGUGUCUGACUCAUGCUGUUCGCAGCCCAUGGCACGCGAAUGAAUUGUUAUCUAACUGGGCAUCUGUGCAAAAUGGCUUCAGAGCUCAGCGGAUUCCUCCAGUCUAAAUAAAGAUUCGGCUUUGGAAUUUGCCAUCUCAACUUAACUGUUUUAAUUACCAGGUAAAGCCCACUGAGCUAUUAAUAUGACCCUAGCUAAUAUCUGUGCUGGAGAACAUCUGUACAGUCGCAGGGCGGACGCGGCUUAUAGCCGAGCAGCUCAUUGAAAUAAACAUUAUAUUUUAAAAUACCGAUAUGAAUAAUUAACAUAUACAUACAUAACAUCUAAAUUAAACAUGAACAUCUAAAAUAAUUUUCAGAGGCGACCUGGCCACACGUGAUGAUAGUUCAUCGAAGUGGAAGUGGCUGAUAUCAUCGUCGUCAUCACACGUGGCAAUUUAUAGCCGCAGCCAAAUAACGUGGAGGACAAAACCGGAGGUCGUGGAGAAAAAUCCACGCGACCACCACGGGGAGAGAGAACACGCGGACUGCAAAUAUACAACCGGCAUCGCGAGGGCGAGGAAUCGAACCCACGGAACUCCUGCGUCUCAGGCGAGGGGGAUCACGUCUCGGCAACCCUUGAGUGUGAGCACAACUGAUCAGGAGCGAUACGCGUGCGGAAAGAAAAUGUGUAAAAUGAAGCCUAAUCUGUGCAUUUCAAGUGGUAACGGCUGCGUUCCGGACUAAGCAGGCAGAAACACAACAUUCUCAAGGAUAAACAGUUACACUGAUGACAAUGUUGGAAUAAUUAACUCAUCCCAGCCACAACAGGGACGCGAUCACUCCACCCCACUCACCCAGAUCUGCACUCCCAGUGCACAGCUGGUGAACAAAAUUUGGCGUUCUCUCGCACGUCAAUUCACUCAAGACAGCUCGGAGUUCGUUGCCUUGAUCCGCGGUGACCUCUGCAGGAUGACAUAAUGCCAAGUCUCAUUGGUAAAAGCGGGCGCAGAGUCGCCGUUGAUUUGAUGGAUCCAGAAUAAGGAUAAUCGAGCGUGAGGUCUCAGCCAAGCCCUCUCAAAUCGCCGCUGCGCAAUGAUUCGGGGAAUUGUUUUUGGGAAACCUAAUUUUGUUUAUAGUCUCUCAAAGAUGCGUGUUCAGGAUGCAUUGCGACACGGAAGGAGGAACACAAGAAUCGGAGAACACGCACCCGUUAAGGAAUCGAAGUGUUUAGAAAAGUGAGCUUUGGCUGGACACGUAGCCAGAAGGAAUGUCGCCCGGUGGUCAAGACUCGUGAAUGAGUGGCUCCCUGCCGCUUCUCUCCCGCUUGUCUUUAGCUGCUGGGUGACAGGGCGGCAGGCGAGAGGAAGGGCGAUCUGAGAGGCCAUCAGAACCUUCCGAGGUGGCCUUAUCUGGUAUUUUGUCCUCCCAAAACCUGUCAGCGGGCCCUGCGGGGACAUGGCGAUGCGCGUGUUAAUCUGUCGGGACGUAAGCAGCAUCACAGCCCUCUGUGAUGCUGCUUACUGGGGGUCUGCUAAUGCAAUUUAACCACACCUAGAAAACUAGCUGCGGGGAGCUGGCCAUGAUGAAGGCUCUCGCACCGUGUGGGCAGCUCUCCCAGUAGAUUGAAGCACAGUGGACGGGGCAACUGGCAUCGGGCUGCCAACAUCUACGUGCGUGGCUCCGAAGGGAGGGCAGCGCCGCUGAGGUUUGUGGACAGAGCCGGAGGCGUCUCUUCCUCGAACCUUGGCGCUGCCCCAUGGCUUUAGAUUAUUUGGAGGCACAAAGACCCUACAGAUUUAUUAUAGUUUUUUUUGGCCGUGAGCACGCCCCCCCCUACCCCCCCCAGCGCUGACUGGGAGUGGUGCUGGGGGGGGGGGGCGCUUUCAGCAUCAGUGACGUUUGAUGGAUAGCGUUUCGCGGCGAAUUCUUGGAAAAUCGGCCGUUAGCCACUCAGCCCGUGCCAAAAGUGGUUGUUAGAGCACUUACUGGGGGCGAUGUGGGUCGCGCCUGGGCGCAUUUGAAUUCAAUGUGCGGAAAAGUUUAAAAAAAAUGCAUGGCUUAAAAAAAAUCAGUAUAGCACGCGUUGGCGUUGUAACAAGCCAGGGUGGUGAAUGUUUCUUUCGGGGUUUUUUGAGCCGUUCCAAGAUUAUUCGUUUCUCUACUAGAAUACGUUCGCUCCCCAUUACUAUUUGACGAAAUGCAAGCGCGAUCCCGGUUCAAGCCUGGCCUAGCACCCGAGACCAGACAAGAUCGGGCUGAUUGCGGGUUGAUUUGAGCGCAGGCGCCGGGAGGUGUGGGGUUUGCAGGCACGUUUAAAAAAAAAUCUCCGGCACAAAAAAGCGUGAAAAAUGCAUCAAUCAAUUUUUAUCCGCAAAAAAACAAACCUAUAACUUUGCAAAACGAAUAGAAAAUGGAACGUGGCACUUCGCCAUUUGACAUCAAUAAACCUUUACUCUAAGUGCCCCUUUACAAUCAGUGAGUGUCGAUAAUUGUGGCUGUUGAUGCUAGAACCAGACAGGCAUGGUUGAGUCACCAUUGUGUGGAUCCAAACUCGAAAUCCGCUGGUGAAAUAAUUGUUGCUUGAGUUGCUGACGGAACCAGUCAAAAGCUACAUUCUCCCGCACGUGUAUAAUGCAGCUGAGUGAUUUGAGAUUUUAAGUCCUGCUCCUUCCACUCAUUUGCUUGUGGCUUUCGGAAUCUCUCUCUACGUGCGAGAUCCUUUCACAAAGACGCCGGCUAUCGCGUGGCAUUCCUUCCGUUUAACUCUGUCCAUGAUGCUGCUCAAGAACUUUGUAUGACAUACUUUCAGUUGCAUCCAAUGGUUCGAAUUGCUUUUGGAACCAUCGAAUGGAAGAAGAAGAAAACCCAGGGUGCUUAAUUGGAAUUUAAUUCAUAGGUGAACUCCCAAAUAAAUAAGUCAAUUAAAUAUGAACAUGAAACUCUGUACCGGGUCCAUCACUUUUGGCCUUGUUUACCAAUCAUAGAUUCAGACAAAAAUGUGUUAAUUGGGUUUUUAAAUUUGGACCGCUGGGUUUGAGGUGGGACCCGUUUUGAAAGGUGACACCAGAGUUGUCAGUUGGAGGCUGAGGGGGAAGGUGGCGUUAAUGGUGGGGGGAGGUGUGAGUCCAUGGUCUGUGCCAUUAGCGAGGUUGUUGCUGUGUUGAUGUUGACAUCCUGUAUCCGUAGCUGGUUAUUUGUAGUUGAAUAAAAUAAUGGUG